CUGUCUUACAGAAACGACGACGUGGACGUCCGCGUAAAGUCCUUUCGUCAGAGCGCCCGUCUUCUCCGCCUGUUGUUGUCGACUACCCUUUCCCUCACUUUCCGGAGGCUGGCACACCAUACCUCCCCCCCUGUAACGGAAAUCCAACAGUGUCUUCAACGUCUGUCUCUUACCCUGUCCCCACACUGGCCGGUAUCGCAAGCUGCGUCGAACCGAUAGCGUGUGAGGAUGGCAGUGUAAACCCCUUUGAAACGGCCUUGAACCCCCCAAUUGGCCAGGCAGUCAUCCGCCUUGACAUGCACGAUAGCGACGGCGACAGGGUUAAGAGACGUUCCCCGGAGAAAAAAGAGUCAAUUAUGGCGUGCCUGUUCUGCCGCGAUCGAAAGAUUGCAUGCGGCCCUCCACCGCCUGGCGGCCCGCGUCGGUGCAAUCAAUGCACCCGCCGCGAGAGGGUAUGCGAGUAUCCAAAGGAGUCGCGGCGCGGCCUUCACAAGCGAAAUACUCGUGCCGCGCGUGUCGAGGCGCUUGUGUCGCGUUCCUCUGCGCCCCCGGCAAUCAAGCCUAAAGGCAAGAACAAGGCGGAUGUGCGUGGGCGGCGAGGAUACCCUUGAACGUCCCAACGCUCCAUCGGGCCUGUCAUCAAGUUGACAUCGGCCAUUGUACGCAUUGUAUCGGGUACAUAAAUUUGGCCGUUUCCCCUCCCUCGUCUCAACCUUUCGACCCCAGCGCCGAGUCGGAGCGAGGAGUACAUCGGCUUGCCCGCAUUGGUGUGGGGGCAAUUGUGUUGUUUAGUAAGGAUACUUCAACGUUGACAUGGAUGUUACGCCAAACAAUAUCUAAUUCUGUGCUCCCUUCUUACGUAUACGUCGUUCUCAUC